UGCACCUCCUCGUGCAGCCCCUGCUCACCACCUCUGUCUUAUACCUAUUUGUCCGUCUCCCCGCUCACGUCCCGUCUCAUGUCUUUCUUUCUCCUCUUUUCCUCGCUGCCGCUGCUACCUUUCUCCAUGUUGCGUUGCCAACAUGGCUACCACCGAGGGAUAUUCGGAAGCCUACCUCCAUGAGACCCGUCAGAGGGGUCUGAUCGCCAUUAUUGUGCUGUUCAUUGUCUUGGAGACUCUCACCCUAGUCCUGCGACAGGUCUCCAAGCGACUAGGUCGCAUCCGGCUCGAUUGGGAUGAUCUUCUCAUCACGCUGGGUUGGGUCCUGUGUACUUUUGUCAAUGCCACCUGCCUGGAUGAUGUCUACCACGGCGGUGUCGGUCUGCAUCAAGCCCGGGUGGAGCAAAUCGACCCCGGUAUGAUCUCGGUCUGGGGCCACUAUAUCAUCAUCAUCCCUUUGAUCUAUUUCGCCGCGUGUGUACCCGCUAAACUGGCCGUGGUCUACCUCUACCUCAACAUCUUUACCAGUAAAGCGAUGCGCAUGGCCUGCUAUGCCGUAGCGACCGUGAUGCUGGGCAACUGGUUCGGCACCACCGUGGCCGGCCUCCUGGUCUGUCAACCCUUGAGUUACUUCUGGACCGGAGUCGGACAUUGCAUCAACACCAACGCCUUUUUCCGCUGGAGCGGACUGGCCAACCUGGUGACGGACUGCGUCAUGCUGGUCCUACCCAUGCCGAUGGUGUGGAACCUGCAGGCCUCGCUGCGCCUCAAGCUGGGCAUCUGCUUGACCUUUUUGUUCGGUAGUAUCGGGCUGAUUUCCUCCAUCUUCCGAUUCUACAUUCUGUUCGUGACCAACUCCGAGGUCGAUAUUACCUGGACGGCCGCGACCUUUGUGCUGUGGUGUGUGGUCGAGUGUGGCACCUACCAGAUUGCCGCCUGCUUCCCUCUGUAUCGACCGCUGGUCAAGUUUCUCGGGCGCAAACUCCACCUGACGACGUCGCGGGGGGAAUCGGGCAAUGAUACGGCCAACUCGAACCCGCGGCUUACUCGGUCGCAUGGGGGGCGAUUUCAGUCGCUCAAGGGGGAUAGUCUGACGGAGGAGGCAGAAGAGGAUGCGGUGGGCUUGGUGACGCUGGGCAGUCAACGAUCCGACAUCGCCCCAGGCACGAUUGUGGUGGACCGCCGAUUUAGCGUGACCUGAUGUUUCAUUAGAUUAGAUUAUUACUGUUAUUAUUACUAUGCAUAAUUAGUACUGCAG